UUAAAUGUUUGGACAAACGGAUACUGUAAAAGAAACGGAUUAUCAGAUGCUAUUGGAGGUAUAGAUGUAUUUUUUGGAGAUAAUGAUAUUAGAAAUCUAUCUGAACGACUACCUGGUGAACGUCAAACUAACAAUCGUGCAGAAAUCUAUGCUGUGAUUAGAGCUCUUAAAAUUUGUGAUAAAAAAGAAAAUUUAAUUAUAAAUACUGAUAGCAAUUAUGUUAUCAUCUCUAGAGAUAUUAAAAAACCAAAAACUAAUUUUGAUUUAGUUAAUAGAUUCAAUGAUUUGAUUAAGGAACAUGAAGGGAAAACUUAUUUAAAACAUGUGAAGGGACAUAGUGGUAUUUACGGGAAUGAACAAGCUGACAAACUUGCAUAUUUAGGUUCAAAAAAACCAGACAUUAAAUUAAAUUUACCAGAAU